AUGUUGGAAUUAUUAUUACAGGUUUACAUAAUUAGAUACUAUUUGCAUUUAGUUGAAAAUUGCAGUGUUGCACUUUCUUAAGUUUCAAGAGUUUAAGGAAGUUACAGAUAAUUAGAGGAUUAAAAGAUCUUGAAAAAUUUCACAUAUAAAGUACCAUUUGAUAAACGAAAUUAACAAAGCAAGUAAGUCUUUAAGAUCUAAUAAUUAGCUACUCUUAUUAAAACUGA